UGAAAAAGGUGAUAAAAUAGCUCUAUAAAUUCAGAAGAAGACGAGGUUUUGAGCGAUUGGGUUUGGUUCUCAGUGUACCCAGAAAAAGAGGCAGAAGAAGGAAGAAGAAGAAGAAGAUUAGAGAGUGAGAGAGGGAUAAUUGGCGAGUUAGGGUGUCGAAUUGACUCACUGAGUAUUUGCAUUGUAUCGCCGGUUUUUUUUCUUUCGCCGGAGAAAACCAUUGCUCCGAUCUCCUCUGCUUUUUGUUUCCGAUACCAUAGCCGUUUGAAAGGCAGGAACCACUGGCCAUUCCGUUUCUCAAAUUUUGGCCGCAUUCUUUCACAAAUUUUGGCCACCAAAAGAGCUUCUUCAACCAUUGUGACUCUUUAGCUUUAGAAAUCACAAUUGGGAGAGUAUGGCUGUCUCUUUGACACGUUUGUCAUGGUGGUUGUGGGGUAGUAGCAAGGAGAAAGAGCCUGUUUCUAGUGGCUCUACACUGAAUUCAUCUUCUGAAUGGAGUUUUAAGGAAAGAGAGACUGUGAAGUUUCCUUCAGUGAAGGGAACAAAGAUAGCUCCUUCUCACAGGAAGGUUAAAAGGAAAUGGCAGAGCAGGGAAGAGAGGAGACAUGAUAGAGAGUAUGAUGUUGUGUUGGUUCCAUCUGAUGGUGAUGGUUGUUUGUCAAGCUCUGAAUCUGAUGACUCAGAUUUUUCCAUUGGGUGGUUGGAGCCUCAUGGCUCUGAUUUCCUUCAGAGUGAUGAUGAUUUGGAUAAUAGUUUUGCUGUGCUGGUUCCUUGCUAUAGGAAGGAGGUGUCGAGUUCAAACAAGGAGCUUUUGAGUGUCAUCAAGAACCUUCCAAAUGAAUUUUCUUCUGCUGGCAAAAAUUACAUGGAACACUGGCUGGCUUCUCUUCAGAAUUUAGAAGCUUAGAAAACUACAUCUUCUAUAUGACUAUGGACCUUUCUGACAUCCUUCUAGAAGUAGAGGAGGCAAAAUAAUCCAUCAUCCAAUGUAUUUUUUGUACAUAGAAUCAUCCUCUCUUACUGUAAAAGCUUAAAUUGAAAUGGAAAAUUUCGAUCUAGAAAAGUUCUAUAUGGCCAAUCAA